CCUGAGAAAUGAGUGGGAGCGUUGAUUGCAAACACCUGCGCAUGUUGAUCAGCAGCAACACGUGCUUGCGGUCCUGUUUACCUCGAGCUCUCAGCGGAGGCUCUCUCUAAGUUUGGCCUGGUUUCGUUAUUUAUCAUGGAAAAACAAAUGCUGAUGUCAGCUGUCCUUCGUUUUUUUCGCACGAUUUCCUUUCUGCUGCUGAUCACCUGCGGCUGCCCGCUGGUCCCAGCUUCUCUGGCUGCCUCCAAUGCGCUGCACAGCCUGGGAGGCUUCACCUACCCGUACGGCAGCAUCUUCUCCCCGCUGCUCAAGGCCCUGUCACAGCACGGAGGGUCGAGGUGGAACCCAGGACUGAAAAAACAGAGGAAACCCGAGCACAGGUACAUGACAUAUCUCACGGAGGUUUACAAGAAGUCCUCCAGGGUGCAGAGGAGUUUGGACGGGAAUAAAAUCUACAACACAGUCCGACUGAUCAAGCCUCAAGAUGAAUGUCUUGAACGAAGUAAUAAAGAUAACUUUAUGCAGGAUCUUUCCUACAGCCUUGAUCAAGUAAGAAGAAAAGAACAGCUUCUGAAGUCGGCCCUGCUGUACAAUUUUGACCAUGCAGCACCUGUCAACUCUAAAUGCUACCUGAGUCUUGGGGAGCAGGAGCACUCAAACCAGUGUCAGCUGUGUCCUCGGGUCCACCACGCUGUGAACUUCACAGUCAGCACAGAUGCGGAGAGCAGGAGGAACUGGGUGGAGGUCGACGUCACCUCCUUUCUCCGGCCUCUCUUAAAGUUUCAGAAGAAGAAUGUACACCUGCUCAUCAAUGUCACCUGCCCAGAGGAACAGAGAGCCAAUGGUGAUGGGCGCAAAGCCCCACUGAAGUUCACCCCGAGGUCCCCUCUUCUGCUUCUUUACCUCAAUGACACCAGCAAAAUCGCCCACCAGAGGUUUCUAGUCAAUUCCAAAAAAGGUGAAAGGUCAGCCGCUGCGGCAAACAAAUUUCACAAGCAGAUAGUCUUCAAACGAGAGCAGAGGAUCGGCCGGAAGAGGAGAUGGAAGAGGGAAUCUCAUAAGAGCAAACAGGGCGAUAAAGGUCUGGACAUCCGCCUGCCGGAGCUUCUUCCAAGCUCUGAAUUCCAGACAAGCGACUGUGACUUGUUUGACUUCAGGGUGCGAUUCAGCCAGCUCAAACUGGAUCACUGGAUUGUUUUCCCACCGAAGUACAACCCCAGGUACUGCCGAGGCAUAUGCCCGAGGACCAUGGGCUUCAUCUACGGCUCACCUGUCCAUACCAUGGUGCAAACCAUCAUCUAUGAGAAGCUUGACUCCUCUGUGCCCAGGCCCUCGUGCAUUCCCUCGCAAUACAGCCCCCUGAGUGUCAUGAUCUUUGAAGAGGAUGGCUCCUAUGUCUACAAGGAGUUUGAAGACAUGGUUGCCACCAGAUGCACAUGUCGCUAAGCCAGCUUCCAACAUGUCAGUGUUUUUUUCCUUCUACUUUACAGGCUGAAUAGAACAUCACCACAACCCUCCUCAACUGUCAUCACAGGUGAACUCUAUCCAAGUAUUGGAUAUUCUGACCAGGCUCAGUAAUUUCAUGAAUUUAUAAAAUCGUUGCGCAUGAAGUUUGAUCUGCAGCAGGUGUGUUUACUUAAUCAAGUGUGUUUACUUAAACAAAAAGUAUUUUAUCCUAGUGAAAAAUGUGGAAAGAUGGCAUUUAUUUCCUUUUUGUUAAGGCGAGACAAGAAAGGGUGCCAAUGCAUCCAACUUACUGUUUGCAACAUAGUAUUGAAUAUGACACACUUGAAGAAGAAAAAUGAGUGUUGUAUGAUUUUGUAUAUUUUUUUUAAGUUGUAUUUUUGUUAACUUAUUUUGGGUGGCUGGUCUGUCAUUAUUAUUUAAUUUAACACAAUUGCCAAGUUUUAAGUAGCCCUGUUCUGGACAAAAAGAUGAAAAAGCAGUCACAAACUCUUAUCAAACCUUUUACAUAUCGUUUUAUUCCUGGGGAUUAGAGACAACUGUCUGAAUGGCAGCUGACUUCAUAAUGUCCAGAAUGAAAGUUGUCAAGGUUUCAGUGUGUGUUUAUUACUUCUGGUCACUGCAUGACUGCAUACGUAUGAAUUUGUACUAGUUGAAUGUGACUAAUUGCAUCACUUGUCUAUUUAUGCAAAUUGAAUGAAUUCACUGUGUGUCUGUGCUCAGUUUAGGGAUAUUCAAAAUGGUAAAAAUAUGUAGACUGUCUGAAAAGUUGGAAAAUAAAAACAACAACAUGCAUAAAUGUUG